CGACACUGCAGACCCCGGUGAGUGGGAAACGGUCGUUAGCUAGCACAGUUAACUGUUGUUAGCUGUAUCUUAUGGUCAGCGGUUUUUUUUUGGCGAAACCGCAAUCAGCCGGAGCGUUUGAGCUAUCGCUUGUCCUUUGCCUCUCUGCUUGCUUGAGCUGGUGAAGAUGGUGAAGCCAGAUAUCCACACUCUGGCCCACCACCUAAAGCAGGAGCGGCUGUACGUGGCCUCAGAGAAGCAAUUGAUCCAGCGGCUGAAUGGAGACGUGCUGAAGACAGCUGAGAGGCUGUAUCGUGCUGCCUGGAUCGCCAAGCAGCAGAGGAUCAACCUUGACCGCCUCAUCCUCACCAGUGCGGAGGCCUCUCCGGCUGAGUGCUGCCAACAUGCCAAAGUGCUGGAGGACACACAGUUUGUUGAUGGCUACAAGACCCUGGGCUUCCAGGAGAGCAUCUAUGGCGAGUUCCUGGCCAGGAUGAGGGAGAACCCCAGACUGGUGGCUUCAUGCCUGGUGGCUGGAGAAAGGCUGAACCAGGAACACACCCAGGGGGUUAUUCACACAGUCUUCACUUCACUUUAUGGCAACUGCAUCAUGCAGGAAGAUGAGAGCUACUUGCUACAGGUGUUGCGGUACUUGAUAGAGUUUGAGCUGAAGGAGAGUGACAAUCCUCGGCGCCUGCUUCGGCGGGGAACCUGUGCCUUCAGCAUUCUAUUCAAGCUCUUCUCUGAGGGCCUUUUCUCAGCCAAGCUUUUCCUCACCGCCACCCUCCACGAGCCAAUCAUGCAGCUGUUGGUGGAGGAUGAAGACCACUUGGAGACGGAUCCAACCAAGGUGACGGAGCGUCUCACACCAGCCCAACAGGAACGCUUCGGGGAGAAGGGGUCUGAGGGCUACAGGCAAAGAGUUCAGGCAGCAGUGGAGGCAAAUGAAGCCAAGCUGGUGGCUCUGGUUAACAAGUUUAUUGGCUACCUGAAGCAGAACACCUACUGCUUUCCCCACAGCCUGCGUUGGAUUGUUUCCCAGAUGUACAAGACUCUGUCGUGCGUGGAGGGUCUAGAGGUGGGUGAGGUGCGCACUAUGUGUACUGACCUGCUGCUGACCUGCUUCAUUUGCCCAGCUAUAGUAAGCCCAGAGCAGUACGGUAUCAUCUCAGAUGCCCCCAUCAACGAAGUGGCCCGCUUCAACCUUAUGCAGGUAGGACAACUUUUGCAACAACUGGCAAUGGCUGAUGAUGAUGGAGACCCAAGGCGAAAAAGUAAUUUGUGCAAAUUUGACAAGAGUUGUGUGGCAGCCUUUCUCGAUGUGGUGAUUGGAGGACGACCAGUUGAGACUCCGCCCAUGUCCUCGAUGAACCUACUCGAAGGCCUCAGCAGGACUGUGGUCUAUAUGACACAUAAUCAGCUACUUGCACUGGUUGACUUUGUGCGGAGUGUGACGGCAGGAGACCACCUACGAGAGGAGGAGCACAUGGCUUUGGAGAACCUGCUGGGCAAUGUGCCCCAGUCCCGAACAGUGAAGAGCAACAGUCUGGAGCUCACACCCUCCAACACCCCCCAGCUCUCCCCAGCUACUACCCCUGCCAACAAGAAGAACAGACUCCCUAUAGCAACCGCUCGCAGCCGCAGCCGUACCAACAUAGCCCAGGAGGGGGAGACAGAGGCCAGCUCCCAAGAGUCCCUACAGGAGGUGAUGCCAGAAGAGGUGCUGGUGAUCUCACUAGGAACAGGCCCUCAGACGGUCCCUGGGAUGAUGUCAGAGAAUGAGGUCUUGAACCUUCAGAUGACUGAUGGGUCCCAGGGGGACGCUCCCACUGAUGACACUAAGCUGCAUGGCAAACCAGACAAAACCCUGCGCUUCUCCCUCUGCAGUGACAACCUGGAAGGCAUCUCAGAGGGCCCGUCCAACCGCUCCAAUUCUGUAUCGUCUCUGGACCUAGAAGGAGAGUCUGUCUCUGAGCUUGGAGCCGGACCUUCUGGGAGCAAUGGGGUGGAGGCUCUGCAGCUGCUGGAGCAUGAGCAGGCUACCACUCAGGACAAUCUGGACGAUAAACUGCGCAAGUUUGAGAUCAGAGAUAUGAUGGGCCUGACGGAUGACCGGGACAUCUCUGAGACUGUCAGUGAGACCUGGAGCACAGAUGUACUGGGCAGUGACUUUGACCCCAACAUGGAUGAAGAUCGGCUGCAGGAAAUAGCAGGUGCAGCUGUGGAGAACAUGUUAGGCAGCCUGCUGUGUCUGCCUGGCUCUGGUUCUGUACUGCUUGACCCAUAUGGAUCCACCAUCUCAGAGACCACCAGUGAGGCGUGGAGUGUGGAGGUCCUGCCAAGUGACUCAGAAGCCCCAGACCUGAAGCAGGAGGAGCGCCUGCAGGAACUGGAGAGCUGUUCAGGAGUCGGCAGCACGUCUGAUGACACAGAGGUCAGAGAGGUCAGCUCCAGGCCCAGUACUCCAGGCCUCAGCGUCGUCUCAGGUAUCAGUGCAACCUCAGAAGACAUCCCCAACAAGAUCGAGGACCUGCGGUCAGAGUGCAGCUCAGACUUUGGAGGGAAGGACUCUGUGACCAGUCCAGAUGGAGAGGAGGCAGGCCACGGAGCGCACCAUCUGACAUCUCCACCCUCGCAGGUGGACUCCUUACUGGCUAUGUUCGAUCCGCUCUCCUCCGGCGAAGGCUCUUCCACUGGAACCAUAGUGAGGCCUAAAGUGCACUAUACAAGGCCUGCUCACCCUCCACCUGACCCUCCAAUCCCCGAGGCCUGUGCCCUGGGCCAGGAGCCCCGCCACUCCCUGUUCACUGCACACUGCCUCACCCAGGCUGAGCUGGAGCACAACAAGCAGCGCCACUCCUACCCCGACAGGUUGGUGCGCAGUCGCAGCUCCGACAUUGUGUGCCCAGGCCGCCGACCCACAAGUGACCCUGGCCUCAAUCGGCGCAUGGCAGUUGAGGACCGUGACCCUGCCGGAGCUUUCACCUUGGGGCCAUCCUCAUCACCCAGCAAAGACUCCCUGAAAGGAGAGGUUGAAGAGAGAAAAGACAGUGAUGAUGAGAAGUCUGAUCGCAACAGACCAUGGUGGAAGAAACGCUUUGUGUCUGCCAUUCCCAAAGCUCCGAUAGCGGCAUUCCGGAAAAGGGACAAACAGGAGAAAGAUGAUAUGACUAAUGAACGUGUCUCACAAGAUGACCCAAUGCCCAGACAGAGCUCUCAGACUCAGGCAGCAGAAGAUAUCCUUGACAAAUACAGAAACAUCAAAAGGACCAGCCCCAGUGACGGAGCCACGGCUGCAGCAGCCUACGAUGCCGCAGGAGAUCUGUGUGUGGAGGAAAGUGUGCAUGACUCUCCCAGAGAUGAUGCUCUGCAAAACAUUUCCACAGAUGACUUGCCGGACUCAGCCAGCCAGUCGGCACAGCCACAUGACUCCAAGUUCUCUUUCAGUGAUGCCAAGAAGAAGUUACGAAUGGUCUUAUGCUCUGCAGACUCGGUGGCAUUGCCCAUCAUGGCACCUGCAACCACACGCAAUGGGCUGCCUGAUCACACAGACCCUGAAGACAAUGAGAUCGUCUGCUUCCUGAAGGUCCAGCUAGCGGAAGCCAUCAACCUUCAGGAUAAGAACCAGAUGGCCCAGAUCCAGGAGACCACGCGAUGCGUCGGCCGCUUUGAUGCGCGCACCUGCAGGAAGCUGCUGGCUGCCAUUGCUGAGGAUUACAGAAAGCGGGCACCAUAUAUAGCCUAUCUUACUAGGUGUCGCCAGGGGCUGCAGACAUCACAGGCCCAUCUAGAAAGGCUCCUCCAGAGGGUACUGAGGGACAAGGAGGUGGCUAACCGCUACUUCACCACCGUUUGUGUUAGGCUCCUUCUUGAGCACAUGGAGUCUAAGAUGCUGGAGUUCAUCAAGGCAUUCCAGGGGUGCACAGCAGCUGACGACAAGACAGCAGCAGUUGAGGAUUUCCUGCGCUACUUGUAUGGUGCCAUGGCCCGUGAUGCCAUCUGGCAGUAUGCUAGUGAGGACCAGCUGCAGGAUGCCCAGAUGGCCAUUGAGCGCAGCGUUAUGAACCGCAUCUUCAAACUGGCCUUCUAUCCCAACCAGGAUGGGGACAUUCUCAGAGACCAACUUUUCUACGAACAUAUCCAGCGGCUCUCAAAAGUCGUGACAGCCAAUCACAAAGCUCUUCAAAUCCCAGAGGUUUACCUAAAAGAGGCACCAUGGCCCUCUGCACAGGCUGAGAUAAGAACCAUCAAUGCCUACAAGACCCCACGAGACAAAGUCCAAUGUAUACUGCGGAUGUGUUCCACCAUCAUGAAUCUCCUGAGCCUGGCAAAUGAGGACUCCGUCCCAGGAGCAGAUGACUUUGUCCCUGUGCUCGUCUUUGUCCUCAUAAGGGCAAACCCGCCCUGCCUGCUGUCCACCAUUCAGUACAUCAAUAAUUUCUACGCCAGCCGGCUGAGUGGGGAGGAGUGCUAUUGGUGGAUGCAGUUCACCGCGGCGGUGGAAUUCAUUAAGACCAUCGACGAUCGCAAGUGAAGCAGAACAGCCACCUGUAUGGGCAGACUGCAGGGAAGGAGCCGGGAGACGGGGAGCCUUCCCAACCAACUGCUCCCUCUGCACAGCUCACAAAACCUGGCCCUCAGCCUGCUCUCUUUGUAUAGCUGUAUAUAGCCAGAGACACUGAAAGAUUACAAAAUAUAUAAAAUUACUGUAUGUAUGUGGACAAAGCCAGGUUUAGCCACGGUGAAAAAGUACAUGGGGGGAAAAAAAAUGCAAAGAUGUUAACUUUAACUUGAGCUGAACUUGAGUUUUUCCUUUUAUCUAUUUGUCUCUUCAGUCCCGUUGAGGUUUUGGGGUUCUGUAUUAGAAAUUUUAUAUCCAAGGUUAUCAUUAUAUAACAUUAAAUCAACACAUGGAAAAGAUAAUCGAAAAGGGACCAUGCUUCCUUGAUGUGUUCACUGACAAUUUAUUUUCUUGAUUUGGCUUUCCAGGCGAGAGGGAAGGGCUUCCAAGUUGAAUUAUGUGAUCUAACAUUCAUUAAAGGCAUUGUAACCUGGGGAUUUACAGGGCUUGGUGGUAACUGAUAGUUGGUGAUUCAUGUACAUUAAGAUAAAUUUAUAAUACUCACACCACUCAUUAUGCAACUAUAUCAAGCCGUGGGGCAGCUUUUUUGCAUCUAGCCUUUUGUCAUUCAUUUCUUCUUUUGCCAACACGUCUCCACCAGUGGACAUAAGGGCCCAUAUAUUUAUAUAAAACGUAUUUAUUUCUUUGAUCAUAUUUAAUGCUUUUGCUUAUCUUUUAGAAAUGAAAUUACAUAUCGAACCCAUGUCAGAUGUCGGAGUCAAGUGAUGAUAUUAUAAUAAACUUGCUCAAGAGGCUUCAAUGGGGCAGGCACCUUAGUGAUGAGCAGCCCUUGGUAGAGAUGCUAGGAGACUGCUGGAGUUCAGAUACAGGGUCGUCACCAAGCGAUUCACGCCCGGCUUAAAUAGUCCCCAUGUACUGAAAAUAGUGCCUUCGAGAAGGGGUGCUCUGUGUAUAGUUAAAUUUGUUUUACAUAUUUUCUUUCAAUUACUUUUUUUUUUUGAUUCAGUAAAACUUUUACCCCACCCCACCCCAAGUAAGCAAACCAUACAUCUCUCCGAGAGACUGCUGUCCACACAUUUACUGAAGGAAAACUUGACAUGACAGCAUUUACUGGUUGUCAUGCCUCAGUCCCUUUAAUUCACUUGUGUUGCGGGUUUGAACAAUAUCCCCUCUGCUGUUCCAGGUCCUACCUCAAAGUUGAAACCAAUGAGCCUGAAUUCUCAGUCUGUGCAUCGUAACUGUCUCACAUUGGUUGACAACGGAGUAAUGGAUCGCAUUUGCACUGGCAAAAGGUUUGCUGUAGAUUCUCGGAUCCGACAAUUUUUCAUUGUAAUGCAGUGGGGCAUGUUAAGAAAUGUUGGAUAUCUGACUGCUGUGAUGCUAGUUCGGGUCAAUCUAUCCUCUAGUAACAAAUACUUUGUAAGUGAACAAAGACAUUUUAGAGUUAGUUUCUAAUCUUGUUGCUGAGUUAACCAUUUGUCGACAUGGGCAGACUAGUGACUGGGUUAGCUUUCUACCUCCUCAUAAGUUCAAGAAAGGGACUCAUGUUUAUGUGCACUUACUUUUCUGUACUUAAUAUUUUUUUCCCCCAAUUUGGCAUGCUGUGAUAUUCCAGCGUCAUAGUAUCCCUCCAAUUAUAUUACAAGCGUGUCUGUAAUUAUCCAGCAUUACUAAAACUCCUUUACUCUCAAAGUCCUCUGCUUCUUUCUUAUGCACUUAAGUGCCAUGGAUGUAUCGUAGUUUUUAACAGCCGGUUGAGAUCUUUGGAGACCUGAUUCACUGACCGGACGGCACAAAAUACGGCUGGAUGAGAGGCAGUUGUUACUGACUUUCCAUGUAUGCCUGCGUGGUUGGUGCAGUAUUCAGUGAGGUUGGUCGAGUGGGCAUAUGAGAAAACGGAGCAGCGAGCGCGUGACGGGUUCGCCAUCUUCCUCUCGUAUGAUGUCAUGGAAAGGUCUGUACAUCCUCUCUCAUGAUAGCACAAUGGGAUUAGUAUCUGCCACAGACCCCAGUAAUUGAAACUAAGAGGAUGCAAAGCUUUUCAUCGAGUCUGCGAUACUCGCACAUCAGAACCCAGUUAUUAUUUUGCACCAAAAAAAACUGACGUCUUCUUCCUAAAAGCUGACAUGAAACAUCAUUUUUAAAUGUUCUGACUUUUCCAGCCAGUCGCCUUAAACCGCCCAGCAUCUCAACACGAGUAUUAAAUUGUAAUUUCAGAUAUUUGGGUAGUUAAGCGAAGAACCAGACUGUUGCAUUAAGUCUAUUCAAGUUAAUAAACGUUCAC